AUCCUCACUUCUCUUGCUUUUUUCUUUCCAUUUCUACCUUGCCUUUUUUUUUCCCCCCUCACGCAAAGAUUUUACUGGAGUGCUCUUUUCUCAGCCGGCACGGCGCUGGGCAGUGGGCGCGAGUAUAGUACUGGUACAACUGGUCCUUUUGCCCCCGGUCUCGCUCGUGUCACUGCAGUACUUUGUUCUGUUGGCUCUAUUUGGGCCCGAGGGAAGCCCCUUAAUCCUCCAACCCUCCUAUUCUCCUCCCACAACUCUUGAACGUCAGAACUUGAACAAACCCCAGGCGGGCCCAUCCUGAAAGCGAACUCUUGUUUUUCCUCUACCCGACCCCUCCGCCCUUGAUUCCUGUCUUCGGCUGCUGAAUAUCUUGUCGCCGUGAAGCUUUCGCCCCCCGCGGUCCGACUUACGAGUUUAAGGCUCACUUGAUCAUUUUCGCUAAUCUUUGUUUGAGGGUCGCUCCUCCCUCCCCACCACGAUGGAUCAUGCACACGAGAAAUACAACUGGCUUUCAAACCAUCUUCCAUUCAAGACAGCCGGCAAGAAGAUUUUAAUCAUCGGUACCGCAUCUAUUUUUGCCUUGUGAGUUCCUCCCCAGCCCUUUCCCCCCCCUUCUUGGCCGGUCGCUAUUUGCUUGGGUCUGAUUGUUUACUUUUCCAGAUGGUUCCUGUUUCUUUUCGGACCGUCUGCAGCAAAGACUGUCUCGAGCAUUAAUCUUCCGGGUUCGGCGAAUGGUGUUUCACCUGACCUUCUCCCAAAUGUCACUUGCAACCCCGAGCCGGUAGCGGAGGUCCAGAAGCCUCAUGAAGAGCCCCCUGCCCCCAAGUUCAACGAAUCCAAGGUCGCUUUGCUUAUUGAGGAUCGCCCCGUCGUUCACCUUGCCCCUCUUGUUCUUCACAUGAUCUCCGUCGUACCAGAGGAUUGGAAAUUCCAGUUUGUCGGUUCUGAGGCUUCUAUCCAGUUUUUGAACAGGUCUCUGGGUGUGCAACGACAAGAGGCUAGGGGAAAGCUCGAGAUGGUUGUUCUUCCUAACACGUGGUCCGUCAAGGGACAGGAGCCGCUGUCCAGGACUAUGACCGACAUCGAAUUCUGGAAGUGGGUUGGUGGGAAAUCUAGCUGGGAUUGGACUGACCCCUAUACUGAUCAAAUGAUCACGGGCCCUGAUGGGAGCGAGACCAAGCGUACUCAAGUCGAAUGGGUUUUGAUUUUUCAAACAGACAGCAUCAUGUGUGCAAACAGUGGCGUUUCGCUUAACUCCUGGCUCGAUUACGAUUACGUUGGAGCUCCUUGGUACGCUCAGCAGGACCCAACCCAUCUUGCAAGUACGGUUGCUGACAUUAAUACAGGGGACCUGGCGAUGGUCUUGGUGGCAACGGUGGACUCUCGAUCCGUCGUGUCAGUCGUAUUAUCCAAGUUCUUGAAAACGAUCACCGUCCCGAAAACGAUGGCGCCCUUGAGGAUCUCUGGCUGGUCCAACGCCUUCAGCUUCUUCCGGGUGCUAAGAUGGCCAAUGGUACGACCGAACAGAAGUUUUCUGUAGAACAGGUUUGGCACGACGAACCCAUGGGUUAUCAUCUCGGAUGGAGCGGAGCACGCCUCCCCGAAGGCGUUUGGGAUGAGAAGGAAAAGCGUGAUAAAAUCUGGAACUGGUGCCCGGAAAUCAAGCUGAUCCUCAACAUGAGGUUAGAAAGAGAGGGAUGCCCCGAUGGACAGCCGUCAAAGUUGAAAGCGAGAGCCACUGAGGAAGAUUGGACGAGACGGUUGAAGACGUUCUAGUGGGCCCUGAGGAUAAAACUUUUCUUGCCAUAUAUAUUUUUUUACUAGGGAGUUUAUGAUUUCAUUGCCUUUUUAACGUUUAAAUCUUUUCCUUUUCUCUUUGGUUCAUAAGGAAUGGGGGGGGGGUCCUUUUAACUUUAUUCUACUUUCUUCUUUGGCUUGGUGAAUUAGGAGGUUCGCCCAGCGGGCUUUGCGGAGGUCUCUGGCGCGUGGUGCUACCGGUAUAUCACUUGCCAUCUCCCCUUCGUGGCUAUUCUAGCUCGAACCAGAACAAUAUUUGAACAAUGGCAUGGGCGUAGGGGCUAAUGUUAGAAAAGAUAGUUGAUACUCGUCUUAAGUGUAAUAUCUGUGUUUUUGCUGGAUUGUUGCUUGUUCUACUGUGGCUGAGAUAGCGGGUUGUGGUUGUUAGUUUGUGUCCCAUUGUGGUUGGAAGCUUUUCCGUAGACUAUCAUGGUGGGGCUUCAUAUCAUAACAUACCGGUACAGUACUUAGUACGUCACGCCGUCUCACAACC